UGGAUAUUGGCCAAUAACCGGUAAACAAGGCGACCAGCAAUUCUGAUUUCAAUUCCAUAUUAUUUUUGGCAAUAUAAAGAGCUGUCGCCGCUGGCUCAGAGUCAAAUCAAAGUCAGCCUUCCAGUCAGACAGAGCAGCAGCAUCAGCAUGUUCAAGAUCGUCUUCAUUUCCCUGGCCCUCUGCCUGGCCGUCGUUCUGAGUGCUCCCGUGGACCAUGUGGAUCAGCCACCGGUGGCCAUUUUGGAGUCCACCCACGAGAAGCACGAAGAUGGAUCCUAUAACUUUUCCUAUCUUGGCGAGGACGGCACCCACCGCCAUGAGGAGGCUGUGGUCCGGAACCAGGGCACCGAAAAUGAGUACCUCGAGAUCAGCGGCUCCUACUCGUACUUCGAUGCCAAUGGCAAGGAGGUGGUUGUGAAUUACAAGGCCGAUGACCAUGGAUUUGUACCCGAGGGCGGAGCCAUCCUCCCUCAGAUUUCCCUGGCCGCCAAGCAGGUCAGCGAGCAAGUGUCGCAGCCAGAUCUGGACUAUGAUAAGCCCCCGAAGGUCUAAUAAAGGAAUGGCAUUGAUGGAAUUUUAUUAUGGGUGUUUUGUGCUGGGAAGUGGAAAAUGAGGGGAGUCCCUAAAGAGCACUCAGCAU